UAGCCAUUUUCAUUGAACAAGACCAGUAAAACCCUAACUCUGAUCGCCGGCGAGAGAUACUGCAUAUGCUACAACUCCGAUACAGGCGAAGAUGUUGAGGAGAAAACUAACUUCACUUCUUACAACUUCCAUCAACAAUGCUACAACUCCGAUACACGCCAAAUCCACCUCCAUUCUCUUCCCGCUUUCGCAAUCUGUCCAAUGUUCUAACCCUAACGAUAAUCUCAAAUCGUUCUUCAGUUCCCACGGUAUUAGGGCAUACAGCCUCUUGGCUCUGAACGAUUUGAGAGAUAAUAAAGGAGCGACAAAGCAGAAGACACGCAAAGGUCGUGGAAUCGGAUCGGGUAAGGGAAAGACAGCCGGAAGAGGUCACAAGGGUCAGAAAGCAAGAGGGACAAUGAAAUUUGGGUUCGAAGGAGGCCAAACUCCGCUCAGGCGCCGUCUGCCAAAACGUGGUUUUAAGAAUCCUUUUAGCCUCACAUUUCAGCCUGUGGGUUUGGGAAAGGUUGCAGCACUUAUAAAUGCAGGGAAGAUUGAUUCUUCUGAGUUGAUUACCAUGAAAACCUUGAAGGAAGCAGGGGCUGUAGGAAAACAGAUAAGAGAUGGUGUUAAACUGAUGGGUCGUGGGGCUGAAUUUAUUCAAUGGCCUAUUCACUUGGAGGUUUCGAGAGUGACUGCACGGGCGAAAACUGCUGUUGAAGAAGCUGGUGGAACAGUGAGGAAAGUAUACUACAAUGAAUUAGGUUUUCGUGCAUUGUUGAAGCCGGAGUGGUUUGAGAAGAAGGGAAGAUUGUUGCCUAAAGCAGCAAGACCACCUCCAAAGCAGAAAGAUAAAGUGGAUAGUAUUGGUCGACUUCCAGCCCCAACCAAACCAAUUCCUUUUCCACCAAAGGAAAUUGAGGUUGAGGCCGAUGCAGCAUGAUAAACACAUCAGUUUUUCUUAAUUGUUGUGCUUUGUUGCAUCCUCUUCUCAAUCAAAGGUUUGAUUGUUUGUUUCAAUGAGAAUUGGGAUGGAAGGAGUAAUGGGAUUUUUUCUUGUUUUCUUCAACAUGACAUGUACUCAGAUAAAUUUUAUGAUAUUGAUCUAGGUUAAAAGGUCAUAUUUAUUCUCCUUUCAUUCAAUUGAUCUUGCAGGUCAAAAAGUCUAUUGAGAUAAGCCUUAGAGUUAUGUUUUUCAACAUUUGAUGAAAAAUAUAAAUUAUAAUAAAGAUUUUUUCUUUUUGGU